AUGUUUAGUAGAAAGCCAGUCGAAAAAGUCUGGGUUACAGACUCCGAUCGCGAGAUCUCUACCAAACCAAUAGCACAUCCUUCGGAUCAUUUGCUAGCCAAUGCUCCUAAGCUCGAGGAUAUACACAACAAGGAGCAGCAGGCUAAAUACGAUUUGGUGCUCGAUCAUUUUAUGAAGACCAAAUUGUUCCCAGUCACUGAGAAAGGGUCGGCUAAAGAGAAACUCAGGCCUCUCAACGAGUUCGAAAAAGCAUGGCUUUCUCGGCAGUGCUUACUGCGAUAUUUAAGAGCAUGUAACUGGAAGACGGAUGAUGCGAUAAAAAGGCUAACCAAGUCAAUUGGCUGGAGAAGAGAAUUCGGCAUUGCAGGAGGAGAGUUCGAGAUUCUCACCGAGGAUAAGAUCUCUAUGGAAGAAGAAACGGGAAAGAUUCGAGUGUACGGUUACGAUGACGAUGGUAGACCAUGUUUAGUUAUGUAUACGGGCCGUCAGAAUACUGACUCUUCAUUCCGGCAAAUCCAGGGAAUGUUCUUCCUUCUUGAGAAAAGUAUAGAUAUGAUGCCACAGGGUCAGGAUAAACUUGCACUCUGUGUGGACUUCAAGAAGUAUCCAGAAGCAUGUACUUCUGAGCCCAGAGUCCCAUCUGUUUCUGAGGGAAAGCAGGUGUUGCAUAUAUUGCAGUAUCAUUAUCCGGAGAGGUUGGGUAGAGCACUUUUUAUCAACAUUCCAUGGCUCAUAUGGGGAUUUCUUAAAAUCUGUUGGCCGUUUGUCGAUCCUUACACCAAAAAGAAGUGUAACUUUGACACUCCUUUCAACGAGUUUAUUGAGCCUGAGCAGUUGGCUGUUAACUACGGUGGAGAUGUUAAUUUUGAGUACAAUCAAGACGAGUUCUGGGAUGAUUUUAUAAAGAUAGCAGAGAAGAAACGGCAGAUUGUAUUGAAGAACUAUAAGAAACUUGGCGGAGGAAUUGGCCUUAGUGAAUGGGAUCUCCGAGAAGGAAUCGAUUUAGAUGCUGUUAAGUCAACUGUACCUAAAGCAUCUUCUCUAGAUUCACCCUCGAAUUCCCUUUCAAACUUGGCUUCGGACUCCUCCUCCGACUCAUCAUCCGACUCAUCCAUCUUCAUCGAGGCUAGCGAAACUCCCAUAUCGGCGAUUCAACCUUCCACUUAA